AUGGCUGCCACGGAUAAAGACGCCGCCGCGAUUGAGCUGGCCAAGACGCUCGAGCACAUUCCCUGGUGCGACGACUACGAAAAGAUGAUAUCCGGUGUUCUAUAUGAUGCCCAGGUUCCUGAGCUAGUCCAAGGCCGCUUCCGUGCGAGGCGACUGAUGCACAAGUACGAUCACAACCAUGGAAACAAGACGCUCGCUAACGCAUCCAGAUACAAUACCACCUUUCCCGACGAUGCCACCUUGGAGUCGCUUGAGAAAGAUCGCACCCAGGCACUCGUCGAAAUCUUUGGCAAGGUUGGCAAGGGCGCCUAUAUUGAGCCCCCUCUCAGCGUCGACUACGGCUGCAACAUUGUCGUGGGCGACAACUUCUAUUCCAACUUUAACCUCGUCAUCCUCGACUGCGCCCUCGUACAGAUUGGCAACCGCGUCAUGUUUGGGCCCUUUGUGUCCAUUUUUUCAGCUACCCACGAGACUGGCGUACAAUCCCGCCGUGACGGCGUCGAGUACGCCAAGCCUGUCGUCAUUGGUGAUGAUUGCUGGAUUGGCGGCAACACGACAAUCAUGCCCGGUGUCACCAUUGGCAAGGGCUGCACAAUUGGUGCCGGCAGCAUUGUGACAAAGUCAAUUCCCGACUUUUCUGUUGCUAUCGGAACCCCGGCUCGCGUAGUCAAGACCGUUGACGCUGUGCCGGAUCUAUAA